CCCAUAACCAUGUCUCUAAUUCUGAUCUUCCUCUUACACAUAACCAGUUUCACCAUGGUAACAUCAUGGGAGCUCCGACCUGGGUUUUACUCAAAUACAUGUCCAGAAGUUGAACUCAUAGUUCGAGAUGUCAUGAAGAAAGCCCUCGCAAGGGAACCAAGAAGUGUUGCCUCUGUUAUGCGCUUCCAAUUCCAUGAUUGCUUUGUCAAUGGGUGUGAUGCUUCUAUGUUGCUGGAUGACACACCAACUAUGCUUGGUGAGAAAUUAGCACUCUCGAAUAUAAAUUCGCUUAGAUCAUUUGAAGUUAUUGAUGAAGUUAAGGAAGCACUAGAGAAAGCGUGCCCGGGAGUUGUUUCUUGUGCAGAUAUCAUAAUCAUGGCUGCUAGAGAUGCUGUAGCACUGACUGGAGGACCCGAUUGGACGGUUAAUUUGGGAAGAUUGGAUAGCUUAACUGCUAAACAAGAAGACUCAAACAAUAUAAUGCCAAGCCCAAGAUCCAAUGCAAGUUAUCUUAUUGGCCUCUUCCAAAAGUUCAACCUUAGUGUGAAAGACCUUGUAGCACUCUCAGGAUCUCACUCUCUUGGCCAAGCUCGUUGUUUUUCAAUCAUGUUUAGACUAUACAAUCAAACUGGAAGUGGAAAAACUGACCCUACCAUUGAGCCAGAGUUUAGAGAAGAGCUUAACAAGCUUUGUCCACUAAAUGUUGACCAAAAUGUGACAGGGAACCUUGAUGCCACACCCUUUGUGUUUGAUAAUCAAUAUUUCAAGGACUUAGUUGAUGGGAGAGGCUUUCUUAACUCUGACCAAACACUUUUCACUUUCCCAAAAACAAAGGAGUUUGUGACGUUAUAUAGUAAAGAUCAAAGUGAGUUUUUUGAUGCAUUUGUGGAAGGGAUGCUGAAAAUGGGUGACUUGCAAUCUGGUAAGGCUGGGGAAGUGAGAAGGAACUGUAGAGUGGUGAACCCUCGCCAGCCUUAG